AGCAGAAAAAUCUCAAGAAUUAAAAGAAAGAGCACGCCAGAAAAAGGAAAAAUUUCGAAAAAAACUGAGGCUGCCUGGAAAUGAGGAAAAGCAUCGUGAAUAUAAAGCAAGUACUGCAGAGUACAAUCGACGUUAUAGGAGUAGUAUUUUGAAAAGACUUGCAGAUGGAACAAUCUCGAAAGAGAUGAAGGAAAAUUACGAAAAGCGAAAACGAAGGAAAAUCGAAAGUAACAAAGCCAGAGAUCGAAGAAACGUGACUGGAAAGGCUCAAAAGAAGCUCAAAGAAAAGCCAAGCUGAUUCACUUGGUUUUUCUCGACAUCUAUAGUCUCGCUUGCAUUCUUGUACACAUUAACUUUGUUGAUCUAUACCGGGGCGCUGUGAACUUUGCAACUCUAGAAACUUAAUUAGCUGCUAGAAGUGCUCCCCAUCCUUUCGCAUCCUCAUGAUCACCAAUAUGAAAGCUUACAUUGUAUUUCCGGUCGUUUCAUACUUUGUAAUCAUCACGAAACUCGCUAUUGCAACAGGAUCUCCAGAAUGGGAUAAGUUGCUUGCUGAUACUUCCAUUAUACAACCAGUACAACAAGAAGAAGAUCUCCAAUCACAAUUUGCUUCUUUUCCUCCAAUUCCUGCUUAUGAACAUGCCAUAGACCCUACUACAUUACAUCAAAUCGAAAAGUCAUCAACGACUCCAGUAGGAAUCGAAAGAAAGAAACCUAAACGUAAACUUCUCGAAGAUCCUAAAAAUGUGUCACGACGGCUACAAUAUGCUCAAAAUAAGAUCCUACAUCCUACAAAAAAGAAAAUUCCAGAAGCAGAAAAAUCUCAAGAAUUAAAAGAACGAGCACGCCAGAGGAAGGAAAAUUUUCGUAAAAAUCUGAGGCUGCCUGGAAAUGAGGAAAAGCAUCGUGAAUAUAAAGCAAGUAUUGCAGAAUACAAUCGACGUAAUAGGAAAAGACUUUUGAAAGGACUUGCAGAUGGAACGAUCUCGAAAGAGAUGAAAGAAAAUUACGAAAAGCGAAAACGAAGGAAAAUUGAAAGCAACAAAGCAAGAGAUCGUAAAAAGUUGACUGAAAAGUAUCAAAAGAAGCUCAAAGAAAAGCCAAGCUGAUUCACUUGGGUUUUUUUUUUGACAGAUGAGUCAGACUUUUUUUCCAGCUUGCAUAUGUCUUAUAAACAUAUCGAGGGGCUUUGUGAAAACGUGUAUGCAGUUG